AAGCUCGUCAGUUUAAUUAAUGCGCUUUUGUUGAUAACGAUAACGCGAUUUCAUUUGGAUUUUUUACAGUUUCAGUUGCUCAAUCAUCAAACCAAUCCACAAACAAAAUCCUUGAAACAAAUUCAUUCGAAUUGUGGGAUCGCACCAAAUUCAAUCAGAAUUCGUUGAUAUCGGAGUAUUAUUUCGUGAUUUCCACUGAAUCAUGUCGUUCUCGUUCUUCAGGCAAUCGAGGCAUAAAACACCACAGGAAUUGGCGAAGGCGAUAAAGGAUAGUCUCAUGGCGAUCGAUAACAUUACUGCAGCUGAAGUCAAAUCCCUAGAAAAGGGCAUGGAAGAAGUUGAGAAGAAUAUAAUGACAAUGAGGACUAUGGUAUCUGGGGAUGGUGAAGUAGAACCAAGUGCUGAUCAAAUUACUCAGCUGGCUCUUGAAAUCUGUAAUGAAGAUGUCAUUUCUCUUCUUUUUCACAAGUUACCCAUUUUGGGAUGGGAAGCUAGGAAAAAUUUAGUGCAUUGUUGGUCUAUAUUGCUAAAGCAAAAGGUAGAUUCUGUAAAUUGCUGUGAACAAUACAUGGAGAAACAUCUAGAGUUGCUUGACUUCCUUGUUGUUUGCUAUGAUAACAAGGAAAUUGCUCUGACUUGUGGACAUAUGCUGAGAGAGUGCAUCAAAUUCCCUACUUUAUCGAAAUACAUACUGGAUUCUCCCUGCUUUGAGUUGUUCUUCAAAUUCAUAGAGCUACCUACUUUUGAUGUUGCCUCUGAUGCCUUCUCCACAUUUAAGGAUCUGAUGACUAAACAUCCAACUGCAGUUUCUGAAUACCUGACUACCCACUACAACGAGUUCUUUGAGCAAUAUGAAAAGUUACUGACAUCUGCUAACUACGUGACCAGAAGGCAAUCUUUGAAGCUCCUGUCCGAUUUUCUUCUGGAAUCUCCAAGUACUCAUAUAAUGAAACGCUACAUUGGUGAGGUUCGUCACUUAAAAAUCAUGAUGACACUGCUGAAGGAUUCCAGCAAAAAUAUCCAACUAUCUGCAUUUCAUAUUUUCAAGGUAUUUGUGGCUAACCCAAACAAACCCCGAGACAUAAAACUUAUCCUGGCGAAAAACCACGAAAAGCUUUUAGCACUGCUUCAAAAUCUGUCUCCUGGCAAAGGUGCUGAAGAUGAUCAGUUUGAAGAGGAAAAGGAGCUAAUAAUCAAGGAAAUCGAUAGAGUGCAUCGGCUUACAGAAAUCUGAUCUUAGGUACAGCUUCACGCUCUAACCAUCUCCGUGCUCUGAGUUUCUUUAACUUGUGAUCAUGGUAUCCUUGUUUUAGAAGCUAGCAUCUCCUAAACCAUAUGUAAAGUGAAUCACAAUGCAGUAGAGGAUUUACGAACAAAGUGAGAAGCGAUGAAACUGAGAACCCUAAUAUCUAUUAGAGCGCUCUUCGUGUAGAACCCAAAGAGGCGUCAGAUGCUGCGUGGCUGUACGAAGAGCAAUGUUUUAUAACCUUACAUUUAUUUUUUCUUUCGGCUGUCGGAACCGAAGUCAGUGACAUGUAAGUUUAUUGUAUCAGUUAUCACAACCAUUGCGAGUGGGACUUGCUCUACUGAUGUUUGUCCAUAAUUUACAUAUUUUUUUUUAUUUUCUUUUACUACUCUUUUCUUUGUUUGUUUUGUAAUACAAGCAACGAGUUAAAAGUUGCAAAGUUAUUGAAGAAAUGUGUGAACAACUUCUCUAGAGGCUUAUUUCAGUGACAGUUAAUAUAAGCUUAUUUUCUGUCACAA